UGACAAAUCGGGGGUAUGGCAGAAGGGAUCCGUCCAAUGAGCAAUGCAGGUAUUGCACAAUGGGCGGAUAUUUCGUGCAAACAUGUCCAAUGCUCAACCAUGAUAUCAUGAGACAGAGAUGCAGCAGGUCCCUUAAGGGUGAGAUUCUCGGACCCCAGGGAGAGCGCGUAAAUUGGAAUUCGCCAGGAGGGAUGCGGCGUGCCGUCAUCGUCCUGAAUAACUUGGAUAUAGCCGCCGUAGAAGCAGAGCCAGUAGCCGAUAUUGUCUGGGACCAGCCGAGGGGACGUGGACCACAGGCUAGUUUCAUCCUAGAAGGCAAUGAGCAGGAUAGGGUAAACAUCACCAGCCGGCGGGCCGAUGCGGAAAAGAAGCUUAUUCGAGACACGAUAAUGGAAGAGGUUGCUGGGACUGGCGCACAUCAGGAAGAAACUGAGACCGGGGAACAGGAGAAGGUCUACGGGAAGACAAGGGAAGAGGAACCGAUAGACAAAGUUGCAGCGGCAAAAAAGAAGUUCAGAUACCAAAUCCCGAUCUUGACCUCGCCAGAGAUUGACGGCACCUUGAGCAAGCUCCUGGGUACCAUGAUAUCGGUAUUCUUCCACACCAUGCUGCAAGCCAGCCCAAGGAUGCUUAAAGGACUCAGGCAGUUGCUAACGCACAAGCGCGUAGAGGUAGAGGAGGCCCCGGAACCACCGGAGCAGGAGACGGAAAAGGCAGAGGCACCCCAAGGCGUCUCCAACCUCCAAAGGAUUCCUGGGGAUCUGGAGGACCUGGAAAAGACCUGACAAGCGCCGGGAAACAAGAUGGCGCGAUGGUUGUCGCCUCCUGUCUACUCUAGUGGUCCGGAAAUGCCUAUAGAGGUAAGGGAUGGGGUAGCUGUUGUUCUCCCGGAAGGAGGGAUGUCGACCGACCUAGGACCAGCCUACGAAACCAUGAUACUGGACGAGAAGGACGCGUUCCUCUGGAUAGAGACAAUCUGGACUAAGGUCAGCCCGACGAGACUUUCACCUAGCUUGAUGGACCUAGAAUUCCGAGGAACAGUUGAAGCUCGAGGAUGGCUCUACCUAUCACAGGAAUUGGAAAAUGCAAUGGUAGUGGGACUAGUAUUGGGCACGGCACCGGAUCAACUGUUUAGGCAAGCGGAACGGGAGGUGGUAUGGGCAGCAUGUCAGCGGGCAAAAAUGGAGAUGGAAAGGAUGGAGGUGCGAGUGGAACUCGGGGACCGGAAAAAUAUGAGACGUCCUCUUAGGACAAUGAGCCAAGAGAUCAAAGGCGAGUGCGCGAUGGCGCGAAGAAGGACGUUCCUUGAGGAACGCCCCUUGGGCAUUGAACCGCCUAGGGAAGUACCGGGUGGGAUAGAGGUUACCUUGCCGGCGGCGAGUGGAGGCUGGCACCCGGUGGCGGAUUGGGUCGGAGUCGAACUUGUGGAGAACAUGGUUUACUUGGUGACGAAAGUUGAGUGGCAUGCGGACGAGAAUGGGGAGUGGAACCCGGACCCGCGGGGGCAUGUGCGUGCAGAAGGACGGUUGUAUGUGUCGAAAAAUGGGUGGAGGGAAUUCGGAGUCCGGCUGGCAUCUGGAGAAGACCCGUUGAGCAUGUUUGAAGGGGCGUGGCAGUUAGUGUGGCGAGCGGGAUUUGAGUUCGCAAAUCCGGGGGUUGACGAUGUAACAGCGGACCUUAGGGUAGCCAUGGUCGGGAGUUUUGACUUGCCUAGUGAAAAUGUACGAAUGAGGCUGCCGCCCUCCCUGCCGGAAAGGCUGGGCGGUCUGGGACUUGUUAGACAAGCGGUAGCCGACCUCGCAAGCCUGACAUAUGAAGAUGCAAUGGUACAUCGAGAAUACUAUCGGGCCUUCCUAGAAAUGGGCCCGUUCAGUGGAGAGCAGAAGUAUGAGGUGUUGCGCAUCUUGCGUGCUGUGUUUAGCACCAGGCCGAGGGCUCCGGUCGUGGGAAGUGACGUCCUGUGGGGUGUCGUCCGACGGGAAAUAAGUCAAGGGAUGGUGUACGUGGAUGAUCUGUACCGAUUGUAUGAGCCGAUGGACGUAGGGACGGGCCAAUAAAAGAGGUCAAGGAAAGAAAAGGAAGGUUCAAACUAGAGACCCGGGAGUGUUCGGGCGGGAGCUGAAGAUUAAAUGAAAUAAGUAAAACCGC